GUUUCACCAGUGGUUCACAGGAAACAUGGCGGGUUGGUGUGUGCGAGCAGUGAGGCAGAGCUACUCACUUGUAGCUGUACCUGCGCGAAUCAGAGCAUCUUCAUGUUUGCUGUGCACAGCCACCCAGCAGAAGAAUGGCCCCGGGUCCGAGGAGGCUGAGAAGCCGGACCAGAGUGCAGCAGAGACUCUCCUGAUGGAGGAGAAGACGAAGCUGGAGGACCAGAUGAAGGACAUGACGGAGAAGUACAAGCGGGCGUUAGCAGACACAGAGAACCUCAGGACAAGGACACAGAAGAUGAUAGAAGAUGCUAAAUUAUACGGGAUCCAGGGCUUGUGUAAGGACCUGCUGGAGGUGGCCGACAUCUUGGAAAAGGCCACAGACUGUGUGCCCAAGGAGGAGGUGACCACCCAGAACCCUCACCUGAAGAACCUGUACGACGGGCUGAUGAUGACCGAGGUCCAGAUCCAGAAGGUGUUCACCAAGCACGGCCUGGUCAAACUCAACCCUGACGGCCAGAAGUUUGACCCUUAUGAGCACGAGGCGCUCUUCCACGCCCCCGUGGCGGGCAAGGACCCUGGCACUGUCACCAUUGUGACCAAAGUGGGCUACAAGCUUCACGGCCGCACCCUCAGGCCAGCAUUGGUGGGCGUGGCCAAAGCCCCCUAGAAAGAGGGUGUAACUGACAAAGUGGGAUUGCUCUGUUGCCCGAGUGUCUGAUGACCUCGGGUACAACAGACUGGAACCCAACGGAGCUGGACUUUGUAUCUGGAUCACCAUCUUUUAGCAGAAACAUUUACAAACACACUUCAUCUGGCACAGGACAGUCUCUACAGUAGAAUUUCAGUUUUUCAUGCGAGUGAUGUCAUUCAGUUUCAGCCUCACCAGAUCACAGAUGGAGGCUUUAGCUCCUCCUCCUUCCAGCCAAACUCUACCCGUAAGGCUGUUUUGGGUGAGCUAUGAUGUAAAAUCCUUCGAAAAUGGAGUAGUACUGAUUCUGAAUGGUAAAUAUCAUUCCAGACUUUAGUUUGAAGCCCUAAUAAUCUUGACCCUGACAGUGUCCUUGUUUGUGAGUUUUAAUGAGUUCUGUGAAUAUAGCGAGGAGCAGGAGGCGACUUGAGGAUCUGAAGAACUCGUAAUGUCCACAAACAUCCUCCCUGGUUCUGGACCCAUCAGGCCCGGGGAGGGGGGCCAGCCUCACUCAUUGUGACCUUCUGAAACAACAACAACAACGGCUUUAACUGUAGACCAUGAAAAUAGUGAUGUAAUAUCUGCCCAAGCCGUCGCAGCAUGAUAAUAAACUGACCGUUUAGUCUU